UUGAAUUGUACAUUUUGUUUUCUUCUUUUCUUGCUCUCCAAUCCAAACUCCGAGUCGAAGAAAGCAAUGGCAGCCUCGGCGAUGGUGGUGGAACCUAAACCCUCGGCGGAGCCGCCGUUCCCCAGCACAAGAUCCGACCUUGGGCUGGCCCUGGCGGUGGAUCCCACGGGUACCGAGGAGGACGAUCUGUACAGCAGGCUGAAAUCCCUCCAGAGGCAGCUGGAGUUCAUAGACAUCCAAGAAGAGUACGUGAAGGACGAGCAGAAGAAUCUCAAGAGAGAGCUGUUGCGGGCCCAGGAGGAAGUCAAGCGGAUUCAGUCGGUGCCGCUGGUCAUAGGGCAGUUCAUGGAAAUGGUGGAUCAAAACAACGGAAUCGUGGGGUCCACCACGGGCUCCAAUUAUUAUGUGAGGAUAUUGAGCACCAUCAACAGAGAGCUGCUAAAGCCCUCGGCUUCGGUGGCUCUUCACCGUCACUCCAAUGCUCUGGUCGACGUGUUGCCUCCCGAGGCCGAUUCCAGCAUUUCUUUGCUUAGCCAGUCCGAGAAGCCCGAUGUUACUUACAACGAUAUUGGAGGAUGUGACAUUCAAAAGCAGGAAAUUCGUGAGGCAGUGGAGUUACCAUUGACUCAUCAUGAGCUCUACAAACAGAUUGGGAUAGACCCUCCUCGUGGUGUUUUACUCUAUGGUCCCCCUGGCACUGGAAAAACCAUGCUUGCAAAGGCUGUUGCUAACCAUACAACUGCAGCCUUCAUUAGAGUUGUUGGAUCUGAAUUUGUUCAAAAGUAUUUGGGUGAGGGCCCACGGAUGGUUCGUGAUGUCUUCCGUCUUGCUAAAGAGAAUGCUCCAGCUAUUAUCUUUAUUGAUGAGGUAGAUGCCAUUGCUACUGCUAGGUUUGAUGCUCAAACUGGUGCUGAUAGAGAAGUUCAGAGAAUCCUCAUGGAACUUCUGAAUCAGAUGGAUGGAUUCGAUCAGACGGUGAAUGUUAAGGUUAUAAUGGCAACCAAUCGAGCAGACACUUUGGACCCUGCACUUCUUCGUCCAGGAAGGCUUGACCGAAAGAUUGAAUUCCCUUUACCUGAUAGAAGGCAGAAGAGGCUUGUUUUCCAGGUCUGCACUGCUAAAAUGAAUCUAAGUGAUGAGGUGGACUUGGAAGAUUAUGUUUCUCGGCCUGAUAAAAUUAGUGCUGCGGAGAUUGCAGCAAUCUGUCAAGAAGCCGGAAUGCAUGCAGUUCGGAAGAACCGAUAUGUCAUACUUCCCAAGGACUUUGAAAAGGGUUACAGAACGAACGUCAAGAAGCCUGAUACUGACUUUGAGUUUUACAAAUGAGUAGAUGUUGCAGCACUGGAGAUAUAUGUGGAAUUGUUGCAUGCGAACAUGCACCAGCCUGUGCUAUGUUGCGAGAAUUUUCAAUUGAGAGAAAAGCAUUGCUAUAGGAUGAGAGAAUUUUCAAUUGACAGCAAAGCAUUGCUAUAAGAUGGGGUAAUGGAGACGGUGAUGCAAAACUAGUAAUGGUGUAGAGAUAUUGUUACGGAAUUUUCAAGACGAAAAUGGCUGAUAUUUAUUGAACCUUUUCUUUUUCGUUUUUU